CCUCCAGACUGCAUGCAGUUUGGUAUUAAAAUGUUUUCAGUACCACCAACCAUUGUGUUGUUACACAUUUGAGAUGACAGAUACAUGUUGAGAUAUUUUAACGAAUUAUAGCCUCACAUUGGUAACCGGGACUGACGGCACUCGCGGUAAACGACGUUACAGCUGUUAUUUUUGAGGUUGUGUCCAAAGAAAGUGCAGAGCUCCUGUGGGCAGAGGAAGCUAGCUAACGUUAGUCAGGUCGGACGGCGGCGAGGCCCCAACCGCGGACGGGAACACGGGGAACCAUGGCCAACAUCGCAGUUCAGAGGAUAAAACGGGAAUUCAAGGAGGUCCUUAAAAGUGAAGAGACGAGCAAAAACCAGAUAAAGGUGGAUCUGGUGGAUGAGAACUUCACAGAACUUAAAGGGGAGAUAGCAGGGCCACCUGACACACCAUACGAAGGGGGUAGAUAUCAACUAGAAAUUAAAAUUCCAGAGACGUAUCCAUUUAAUCCACCCAAGGUGCGGUUUAUCACAAAGAUCUGGCAUCCCAACAUUAGCUCAGUCACAGGUGCAAUAUGUCUGGACAUUCUCAAAGACCAGUGGGCAGCAGCUAUGACUCUGAGGACAGUCCUCUUGUCACUACAAGCCUUAUUGGCGGCUGCAGAACCAGAUGACCCACAGGAUGCAGUGGUAGCCAAUCAGUACAAGCAGAACCCAGAGAUGUUCAAACAGACAGCGAGGCUGUGGUCUCAUGUCUAUGCAGGAGCGCCCGUCUCCAGUCCGGAGUACACACGCAAAAUAGAUAAACUCUGUGCCAUGGGCUUUGAAAAAAAUGCAGUAAUAGUGGCGUUGUCGUCGAAAUCCUGGGACGUGGAAACAGCAACAGAGCUACUGCUCAGUAACUGAAUCUUGACACCCCCUUCAUCUUCCUCUCGAUCCCUAUUUCCCCUCCUCACACAUGCACACCCUCUUUCCUCCAAACUCCAGCUGUCUGAAGGCGUCUCUUCCUCUGUCGCACCCUCUGUUUCACAGUGGACUCCUCAACCUCCACACUUCUCCUCUUCUCCAUCUCCCCCUUAUUCCUUCUGUGUGGCAUCUGUCCUCCCUGCUCGCCACCUCUGCUGUACCACACUCCAAUCAGUCGCUCUGUGAGCUCUUAUCUCUGGUUUCUUUAAGUUCAUUCAACAUUCCACUCAGUGCUACAAUCAAAAGUCCAACCACAUCUCACCCCCUUUGAACGCAAAUGCCAGACUUAAGACCCCGCCCACGCCCGCCAGUCUCCCAGCUUUUCUGGCUGUGUCCAAGAAGCGGCUGUCAGUGGCUCAUCCUUGCCUAUGCAGUGCAUUUACUUUAAUUUGUGAAAACCUUUGUAGGAGAGAGUCAAGCCAUUCAUGGAGGCUCUUUUGGACCUGGUCCUGAUUUUUACACACUUUGAUCUUGUUUUCUAAACGGGGAUUAAGCAGUCCUAGACUUUUAAAUUGGUGUCUCUACUGAAGAUUUCUUGUGCUGUGUCCAUCCUCAUCCUCUCAUCCUCACACAAUAAACACUCAGUGUUUUGGGAUAUUCUAUAGUUUACCAUCACUGGGAAUUUGAGGCCACUGUAAAGUGUAUACAUUUUCCGCUUAAAAUUUGGAAAUGAAAGUAAAGUAAAUAUAGUGCAUCAGGUAGCAAAUAUGGAGUUAUUCAGACAUGGAAUAGGAUGAGGCUUAUUCCCUGUUCUGGAAACCAGCUCAUAAAGUGUCACUGAGGUGUAGCCAUACUCAUUUUCAUACCACAUUUUCUCCCCUUCAACUGUCUGAUAAACCCAAAGCUCCUGCAGCAAACCGUAGUUCCCACCUCCACACCUGUUCUCAACAUGGCUUACUUCAUCUGUCCCUUUCCCCACAUUUUUAAAAGAAAAAAUGUAUUUGGUUUUUGCCUCCUACAGGAAUACAUUUGGAUUCUUGUUUUUAAAUUGAGAGAAAACAAAACAAACAAAAAAUAAAACAUGCUCAGCAGUAACACAAUCUAUCACAAGUCUGGAUGGAAAUAGUUCCAAACAAGUUUGAAAAAUAUUGCAUCAUCUUAACUACGCCAACAGAUAAAUAUGUCAAAAUGAUUCAUCUGUAAAUAAAGAUAUUAAAGUCUGUGUAAAUUAA